UCCGUCAGGUCCCACAUGCCACGUGCGCAAAUUGUAAAGAUGAUUACAUGUUUUCACUUGGCAUUCUCCCGCAGCGAACGAUCCCUCCUCCAUGGUCCCCACUCCUGCAUUCUCUCCUCUCAUCCGAUGCUGGUAGCCACCGUGAUUUCACAGCCGGUUCUUCCGGUACCGGCGACACUAACAUCUCUUCGAAACCCGAAAUCGGAAUAUCUUCGUUUCGUGUUUCCGUAUCGGCGCUUAAGGUUCAAAGUUUCCUCUUCGAAGAAGCCACUGCCGGAGCUGCAGACUCCUCAACCAGAUGGUGAAAAAUCGCUGGUAGAACAGAAGGAGGGUGGAACUGCUGAUUUGGGGUGGCUGCCUGCUUUUCCUCAUGCUUUGAUAGCUUCCAUGUCGAAUUUCCUCUUUGGUUAUCACAUAGGAGUGAUGAAUGGCCCCAUUGUUUCUGUUGCACGAGAACUGGGUUUUGAAGGAGACCCAAUUCUUGAGGGACUUGUGGUCAGUAUAUUUAUAGCUGGGGCAUUUAUUGGAAGCAUAAGCUCCGGUUUGCUUAUGGACAAACUUGGAUGUCGCCGCACCUUUCAGGUUGACACAAUUCCAUUAAUUCUUGGUGCAUUUAUAAGUGCACAAGCCCAUACUUUGGAUGAAAUACUAUGGGGAAGAUUUCUUGUUGGACUUGGGAUUGGUAUCAACACUGUUCUUGUUCCAAUUUAUGUCUCAGAGGUUGCCCCAACAAAAUACAGGGGUUUACUAGGAAGCUUGUGUCAAAUUGGCACAUGCCUUGGUAUCAUUACAUCACUGUCCCUUGGAAUUCCCUCUGAAACUGAUCCACAUUGGUGGAGGACAAUACUCUAUAUUGCAAGUGUUCCUUCAUUUAUUAUUGCACUUGGCAUGCAAUUUGCUGUGGACAGUCCCCGAUGGCUGUGUAAAGUAGGCAGAUUAGAUGAUGCUAAAGCAGUUAUCCGUAAUGUUUGGGGACCCUCUGAAGUUGAAAGAGCAAUUGAAGAAUUCCAAUAUGUCAUCAAGAAUGAUGGUAGUGAUGCAAGCAGUAGGUGGUUGGACCUCCUGGUGGAGCCGCACUCUAGAGUUGCAUUUGUUGGUGGUUCCCUUUUUGUACUGCAACAAUUUGCUGGCAUAAAUGGAGUCCUCUAUUUUUCAUCAUUGACUUUUAAAGAUGUUGGCAUAACAAGUGGUGCUUUAGCAAGCUUAUUUGUUGGGCUCACCAACUUUGCUGGUGCACUUUAUGCUUCAUACUUGAUGGAUAAGGAAGGGCGACAAAAGCUCUUAAUUGGCAGUUACUUAGGAAUGGCUGCGUCAAUGUUUGUUGUAGCUUGUGCAAUCAGUUUUCCAAUAGAUGAAGAACUCAGUCACAACUUAUCAAUAAUAGGAGUUCUCAUGUACAUUUUUAGUUUUGCAGUUGGAGCUGGUCCUGUAACUGGUAUUAUCAUACCAGAACUUAGCAGUACCAAGAUGCGUGGAAAGAUUAUGGGAUUCAGUUUUUCUGUUCAUUGGGUAUGCAAUUUCUUGGUGGGUCUCUUUUUCCUCGACGUGGUGGAGAUUUUUGGGGUUGCACCAGUUUAUACUGGCUUUGGCAUUGUUUCCUUGUUAGCUGCUAUGUUUGCUAAUUAUUUCAUAGUCGAGACUAAGGGGCGCUCUCUUGAAGAGAUCGAAAUGUCACUAAACACCAACUUACAAGCCAAAGACAAGUAAUAGCUAAACUGCACAACCAAAACAAUGGCAGCAGAUGAGGUGUUGGUUGAACAUAGCCACGGAGACUCUUUUACUCUUCAAUGAUUUCAGAAUUCAGCUGGUAAUCCUUGGUUCUUAGUUGUGUGCGUGUAAAAUUUGAAAUGUUGAAUUGACAUAUUGACAUGAAAAAAAUCUCCCCUUUCUGUAGUUAUCUUGUUAGAAAUUUGCCAACAUUUUGAUUCCUAUAGCACGCCUAUCAAAUUGCGUUUGUUGCAUCUGUUGUCCGCUAAUGUUAUUGGAUCCUUGGUUUGUGAUCUCAGCAAAAAGAAACUUGUUAUAGGAAUUCAAUUAUAAUAUUCAUGUAGAUAUUGUAAUAUUCUGUAGUACUAUAUAAUUACUGGAGUUUCUUUCC